GGUUCAACCCUGAACAGCCCAACACAGCACAACGGCCCCCCACGUCACAACGAGACCAUUGAUCGUGUCGAGCAACCUGAUGACUGGCACUCCAUCUCAAAUGGACGAAGCGCCACUGGCGGCAGUUGCCAGUGAUUCCGUUGCACGUGAGGCCACAGGACUCCCCGGUGUCGAGGCAUUUUCGGUGACCGAAGACGACUAUGAUGCAAAGCUCGAAACAGGCCUCGACAUCCACGAGGGAUCAGAGGCCAUCGAGUACGAAACACAAACUAUCGACCCGAGAGGCGACCUGUGGGUUCUCGUCCACGGCGUGGGAUCAUGGGGCCCCGCCACCCCUCUGCGAUUUCGCGUGUGCUCACGAGCACUGGCAAGAAAAUCUCCUGUUUUCGAGAAGAUGCUUUAUGGGGAUUUUGCCGAAUCACAGCGACCAGAACCCAACGAACAAGAGAAGGAGUGGGUGCUUACACUCCCUGAAAGCCCACCACUUGCGAUGAAGCAGCUCUUCAAAAUCAUGCACUGCAGUUUUGAUGCGCUGGAAAAAGAAGUUGAUGCCCAUCAAGAGAAUGCCGACGGCAGCAACUGGGACAAGGGUGCUCAGAACGUUGAAGUUUACCAGGACACCGUAAACGGCAUGGACGAAAACAAACUUCAACAAUACCCGCCCAGCAUUACCCGCCAGCUUUACGAUCUUACCGUUGUAGCGGACUUCUUCGAUUGUGCUUCAAUCCUCAAACCCUGGGUGUCGUCUUGGGUCAAGAACCUGGAAGAGGAAAGCUACGGCGAAGACGAUGCUAUGCACCGAGCCUGGAUCUACUAUCAGACGGGCCAGAUUGAUCGAUAUGAAGCAAUAGUCACUCAGCUUGCCCUCCACUCGCCGUAUACACAAUGCAUCGGAGAUGAUAUACAUGGCGAAUUUUUGACCCCUAGUGUCCUUCCCGCAGAAUUUCUCGAUUCAGUGGCAUCCCUGCGGCUCGAAACGAUUACAGCGCUUAUCGGCUCUAUUAGAGAUACCGUAGAUCUCCUACUUGAAGGUGGAGACUGUCCUGUAGACCUUUGCAAGGGACAGCUGCCUUAUGUUCACAGACGUUAUAGCCAGCCAUUGCCUUCCAAUAGGAGGGUGGAUUGCGAGGCACGGAUGCUUGGCUUCUUACAGCGGGAGCUUCACAAGCAUAACCUUUUGCCACUUCCACUUGCCGAGACACUGACAAUGGCUCCAGUCACUCUCUAUUACAUCAUGGAAGGAUUUUCCAGGAACCGCGAGAACAACGACGACACUACUCAUCACUAUGAAUGUGUCAUAAAAUUGGGGCCUGAGGGGGGCUUCGAUACCUACAGAUACCAGGCCAGCGAACAAGAGAUUGCCGAGAUGGCUCGGAAGAGGUCUCUUACUGGCAUUGCCUGACUUGAACAAGUGGAUGGAGGUCAGACGAAGAUGAAGAGUAGAUAAAACUUGGUCCAUCUUAUCAGAUCCGAGAUUUCAUGUACGGUUCUUUCAGUACUCGCGAUGGUCUUUACAUCCCGUGAUGGAUAGCCUGGACGUCGGCAUGUGAGGAGGGGCUGAUCUCGGCAGUGGUACAUUUUCAUUUUGAUUGAUUCAAUGAUUUCUGAUAAAAGUGUGGGGGCC